CAAGCCCCAAUGGUUCCAAACCUCAACCUGCAGCGGAAGGGGGAAGUGAAACCCGGCUGGGUGGGGGCGCCGGCUGCAGCCUGCCUGCCGAGGAAGCAUCAAGAGCCACAGUGCAGAAACACCAACGGCAUCAGGCCCAGACGUGACGCCCAUGGCAGAGGCUCCGAGUGCCCCAAGCUCCGAGGAGCAGGAAGAGCUGCUGGUGGAGGAGGGCACUGGGCUCACCACCCAGUGGAGUGUGGAGGAUGAAGAAGAAGUGGCCAGGGAGCGGCGCCGGCGGGAACGAGACAGGCAACUGCGGGACCAAGACCAGGAUGAGGGUGGCCAGUCCCCAAAGUGGCCAGAGCAGGAGGCACUCCUGAAGCCCUCAGAGACCCCUGAACUGGAUGAAGACGAGGGCUUUGGUGAUUGGUCACAGAAGCCAGAGCAACAGCAACAGUCCUGGGGGACUGAGGGGUCUGUGGACAGCUGCAAGCCCCCUUGGGGCAAGUGUCCAGAGGGGGAGCAAGAGGACAGUAGGUCCUGCCAGUGUCCCUGUGAAAAUGACAACAAGAGUGGUGGACCUCAUCACAUAGAAACCCACCUGGAGGGACUAUGUCUGGGCCAGGAGGGACCAGGCCUAGAGGAGGAAGCUGUCCAGGACCACCUGGGGGCUGCAGAGCCUGGAGAGGCAGAGGAGGAGCACCAGAAAUGUCUACAGCCCAGGACCCCCAGCCCCCUGGUCUUAGAGGGGACCACCAACCUGCGCUCACCUCCCCUGAGCCCUACCACCAAACUCGCCGACAGGACAGAGUCCCUGAACCGCUCCAUAGAGAAGAGUAACAGUGUGAAAAAGUCCCAGCCAGCACUGUCCAUCUCCAAGAUUGAUGAGAGGCUGGAACAGUACACUCAGGCCAUUGAGUCUGCUGGUCGGACCCCCAAGCUAUCCCGCCAGGCUUCCAUAGAGCUGCCCAGCAUGGCUGUGGCUGAUACCAAGAGUCGGUGGGAGACUGGGGAGGUGCAGACUCAGUCUGCUACCAGGACUCCCUCUUGCAAGGAUAUUGUCGCUGGAGACCUGAGCAAGAAGAGCCUCUGGGAGAAGAAAGGAGAGCCUAAGACAUCGUCUACAGUCAAGAGCACCCCAUCUGGGAAGAGGUACAAGUUUGUGGCCACUGGCCACGGGAAGUAUGAAAAGGUGCUUUUGGAUGACAGCUCAGCACCUUAGGUCACACAUUUUGGUGCAGGCUAGCAGCAUCCUCCACUUUUCCAGGGGAGAUUCAGCCAGACACCACUGCUGCCUCCAGCCUUGGCUAAGAAGUGCUUCUGAUCACCAGCGUGGCCUUGCCACACCCCCCAACACCCCUGCUUCCUCUACCACCUCCUUUUGUUCCUGGACCCUCCAGCUUCUAUACUCUCCUACUCUGAUCCCCUAGCUCUGCCUCUCACAGUUGGGAAAGGAAGAAGAGUCCUGACACUGGCUAAGGGACCACUUCUUAGAGCAGUCAAGAGCCCCUAAGGAAGCUAGAGACUGAGGCCCAGUCUGUGCAGAGGGCUAGUUAUCCAACCACACCUGAGGGACACCUAAGAUCAUGCUGGAUGCUCAGGACUCUGCAUCUUUCUUGCUCCCUGCUUAUAGGACCCCCUCCCCCACUUUGUGCAAUAAAAUGUCUCAAGAGUCCCUCA